AUGCCAUCUCAGGAACAGAUCGAGGAGAUUGACGCCAUAAAGGCGAUCUACCCUGAGAGUGUGAAAGAACUCACGCCUUCCAUUUUCAACAUCGUCAUUCCAGACCACGAGGAUGUGUUGGUGCAGAUGAGUUUUCCAGACAAGUACCCAGAGGAGAGUCCGAACAUAGUGCAGGUGAAUACUACGGAUGCCAGGAAAUACUUUGACAAUGACUAUAUCGAAAGAAAGAUUAUCGAGUUGUUGGAGCUGACGUUUCGCCCUGGCGAGGUGGUGGUGUUCGAGCUUAUCGGUGAGAUCACGGCUUUCUUGGAGGAGUAUCUUGAAGAGCACAAGCAACAGAUCGAGGAAUUGGCCGCUCAGAGAGAGCAACAAAAGGCGAAAGCUUCUUCACCGACGCCUGCUCCAUCUGCUCCAAAGGUUAUAUCCAACAGUACGCAAGAAGAGAUUGACGUUUUCGAGGGUUGGAUCAGCUCGGAGCCUAUUCUUGACAGAGGCUCUACAUUCAUUGCAUACGCUCGUGAAGUUCACUCUGUUGACGAAGCAAAACACUACUUUGGUCUUCUAACAACCGAUCGCAAGAUUGCCAAAGCUACACAUAACAUGAAUGCGUGGAGAAUCAAGGGCUCUAACGGAGUUACUUUCCAGGAUUGCGACGACGAUGGUGAAACAGCAGCUGGAAGCAGAAUGCUACAUCUUCUUACGGUAUGUCUUUAUCGGAAAUAA